CUCAAGCAAGUGGUCUGAUUCUACAACUCCAUAUAUGGUCUCAUGGUCAUUACAAUCUGAACCCUCCGAUUCUGAUUGGAGCCGGUUUAAUCAUGGCUUCUCUUCUUCAUCCUCCGGUUAUUUCCCGGCGGAUGAUUGUGUCGGUGGGAUUGAAAAAGCUGAGUCACUUUCAAGAAGCCACCGUCAAGCUGAGAAAAGACGCCGUGACCGGAUUAAUUCUCACCUCACUGCUCUCCGGAAACUUGUCCCCAAUUCCGACAAGUUAGACAAAGCAGCUCUAUUAGCAACAGUGAUUGAACAAGUGAAGGAGCUCAAACAAAAAGCAACAGAAUCACCAAUCUUCCAAGAUCUUCCAACAGAAGCAAAUGAAGUAACUGUUCAGCCUGAAACCAUCUCUGACUUUGAAUCAAACACAAAUACAAUCAUCUUCAAAGCUUCGUUUUGCUGCGAAGAUCAACCCGAGGCAAUCUCAGAGAUCAUUAGAGUUCUCACUAAGCUAAAUCUCGAAACAAUCCAAGCUGAAAUCAUCUGUGUUGGAGGACGAAUGAGAAUCAAUUUCAUCCUAAGAGAUAGCAACUGCAAUGAGACUACAAACAUAGCUGCAUCAGCAAAAGCUUUGAAGCAAUCUCUCUGCGCUGCGUUAAACCGACUUACAUCUUCUUCUUCAACUACUUCAGUUUGCAGAAUCAGAAGCAAAAGACAAAGAUGGUUCCUCUCUUCUCACUACUCUCACAAUGAAUAAAUUUUCACGAUAUACAUAUACAUAGUAGAACAUAAACCACAUUAUUACUAAAGGUUUUGUCCGCAAUUUGGUUUGGAUUUGUUCCUACUAAACCAAUCAACAUUUGUAUAUCCU